AUGAUGAUCUUAGCUCCGGAUUUCACACUCCAAAUUCUGGUGCCAAGUUCAAAUGUCCAAGAGGACUAUCCGAGGCCAGAAGAACUGAGCGAAGAAGAGCACACAACGCAGCUUCCUCCGACUGAGAAACCUUUUAUCCCAGAGGCCGCAGAAGCUGGAACGGAAAAACAAGAGGAGCACGCUGCUGAGAAGACAAACAUCCUUCGUGGCAGCGCUGAUGUCUGGACACCAGAGACGGUUAAAAGCGACGAUGAACUGUUCGAAGCCGCCCUUGGAAUGAACAUGGGAGCACUGCCCAACCCCGAUUUCGUCUAUCACAACAAACUGCCUAAGUGCGGCUCGACAACGAUGCACGCAAUCCUCGGCGUACUCAGUAGAUGGAACAGCUUUCGAUAUUUGAAGCUAGAGCCCUCGUUGGUGAAAUUCUUCGACGGCGAGAAAAUGAGCAAGCUUAUCAACACACUAGUGGAGAAUAAAAAAGUCUCGAAGGAAAGCGGUGGUCCAGGGAAUCUCCUAUCUCUUUCGGGGUUAUCUCGAAAAUGCGAGAGUGUUUGGAAGUACAAUCAAUUCUUGUGCGGCAAUGCCCCUGUAUGUACAGGCCACUCGCCUGCUGAGAAACAGAAGGCGGCUGAAAUCGCCAAGCACAACAUCGCCAACAACUUUUUCCUCGUCGGCAUUCUGGAGCAGUUUAUUGACACCCUUCACGUCUUUGAGAAACUGAUGCCGUCUUACUACAGCAGAGCUGUCGAAGCUCUAAACUCACAAAGCGUGCAGCAGAUUAUCAAUGCGACGAAAACGCAACACAAGACGCCCAUGUCAGACGCGAGCAAAAACUACUUCAGAAAUGGACCGUUGAGGCACGAAAUCGACGUCUACAACUUUGCAAAACGAAUUUUCAACGAGAAAAUGAAACGAGCAGGAAUAGACCCUUAUGUAAAGGUGAAUCAUUCUAAACGACUAUAUUUUUAA